AUGCUCUCACGUGUUGCUGCAGUGAAGGCACCCCGCACACACAACCGUCGCCGCGUGACCGGAUCGAGCGGCAGGAGGAGGGAAGGGAGAGAAAGUGAGCCGCAGAGGUCCAAAAUGUCCCGGCAUCUCUUCUAUUCCGCGGUGCUGCUCCUCUUCUUCGUGAUGAUUUGCUGCGGCACAGGGAGUGCAUCCAGUAAGGAGAAGUCGCCAGUACAGAUACCUCCACCAAAGACAUAUUUUGAUUGGAGAGAUGUGAAGGUUGAAGAAACAGUGAGUUCGCUCCGUGUUCCCAGUCUUUUGAAAGUGAAUGGUGAUGUGUUUGCCGUUGCCGAGGCGCUCUGCACGGGAAAAAAAGAUACUGGUGAAGGCAGUUUUACUGGGAUUGCCUCGGAGGUUUUGGAGUUGACUGGCGAAAACCCAAAAGAGGAGUUGGGUAAAAAUAAACUGAAGACACAAGUACUGGAGGAAUGCACUUUUGAGGGUGGCAAUUGCCCCUCCCAAAACGCUGCUGAGGAAGGUGGUUCCCGAAGCCAGACGACAGUACAUGUGAGCCGGCCAACAACAGUUGUGGAGGGAAGUGAUAUUUACAUGCUUGCUGGAAGUUACAGCUGGACACUUACCGCCGAUGAUCAGGCAGGUGGCUGGGGACUCAUGCUGGUGAAAGGGAACGUCAGUACUGUUGACAGUAAAAAAAGAAUUUAUUGGAGUGACACUUACGGUCUCCCGUGGAGUUAUAAAGUCAAACAAAAUGAACCUUUGAUGCGGCUGGUUGGCAGCGGUGGAUCGGGUGUUCAGUUGGAGGACGGUACGCUUGUGUUCCCGCUGGAAGGCACAAAGAAGUUGAAUGGCGCUGCAGAGGAUGGAAAGACAACGACCGUUUCGCUAAUCAUUCACUCCGUGAAGGAUAUUGCGAGUUGGAAGCUGUCGGAAGGGAUGUCUGCCGAUGGCUGCGGUGAUCCCUCCGUCGUGGAGUGGGAGAAGGACAAACUCAUGAUGAUGACUGCGUGUGAUGAUGGCCGCCGCAGGGUGUACGAGUCCGGUGACAAGGGGGAGUCGUGGACGGAGGCACUCGGGACACUCUCGCGCGUGUGGGGCAACAAAAAGGGUGUAAAGGUUGAACUCGUUGGGAGCGGGUUCAUCACAGCGAAGAUUGGCGAUGACAGGGACGUGAUGCUUGUCACUCUGCCGGUGUAUUCGAGUAAGGACGGCAAUGGAAAGGGCGUACUCCAUCUUUGGCUGACGGACAAUACGCACAUUGUUGAUAUUGGGCCGGUAUCCGAGAAGGAAGAGGAGGAUGUCACCGCCAGCUCCCUGUUGUACAAAAGUGUGGAAGGUAAGAAGGAUGAAUUGAUUGCACUGUACGAGAAGAAGAAGGGCGUUGAGGAAACAUCAUCCGGUAUGGUCUCUGUGCGUCUGACUGCGCAGUUGCAGCGAGUUAAGAAGGUGCUGGCGACGUGGAAGAAAGCGGACGAACGUGUCUCCCAGCUGUGCACCUCUGAGAGUGUUGGGAGGGAUACCUUAACUGGCACUGCCUGCAGUGCUGAUAUUAAGAUCACGGAUGGGCUGGUUGGCUUUUUGUCCGGCAACUUCUCUGAGAACACAUGGAGGGACGAGUACCUCGGGGUGAACGCCACAUUAGAUAAUGAAGGGGUGGAGCAGGUAGAAACUGGCGUGAAGUUCAAAGGGCGUGGCGCAGGAGCGGAGUGGCCUGUUGGCAAGCAAGGGGAUAAUCAGCUGUACCACUUUGCGAACUACAACUUCACUCUUGUGGCGACGGUUUCCAUCGACGGUGAGCCGACGGAGGGUAAUAUUCCGUUGUUGGGUGUGCUUCUGGACGGAGAAAAAAAAACCACACUCAUGGAGUUGUCGUACGACAGAGAAAAGAAGUGGAUAUUGCUGUGCGGUGGCGAAACCCAUAAGAAACACAGCAGCACUUGGGAUCCGGAGACAACGAAGAAACACCACGUGGUAAUUUUGUUAAGGAAUGGCAACCAGAGCUCCGCGUACGUUGAUGGUAAGCGUGUGGGUGAGGAUGUGCCAUGUGCACUGGGAAAUACUGAUUCGAAAGUAAUCUCCCACUUCUACAUUGGAGGGGAUGGAAAGAGUGCAGUGAGCCCAGGGAACGGAGAAGACGUAUCCGUGACCGUGACGAACGUCCUGCUGUACAACCGUCC